ACGCUGAAAGACAGAGGGAGAGGACGGAGAGUGAGACAGAGAGAAAGAAAGAAAGAGAGAAAGAGGGGAGAGUUCGUCCAUUGAAAAGAGGAGUGGAAUCAAAAGUUUUUUAAGGGAGGAUUUUGGGAGUUAAGGUGGCGGACGGUUGCAGCACCUUUACUCAUCGUCAUCAUCAUGCAGCCUUGAGGAUGGUGUUCUGCGAGGAAGAGGGUAUUCGGUUUGUUUCUUGGUGAGGAGUGUGUUCUCUCUCUCUCUUUUUUUUUUUUUCGGGGAUCAUUAGCGUGCUAAUGUGUGUGUGUGUGUGUGUGUGUGCAGUGUGUUACUGACUUUUUCCUUUCUUUUCUCCUCCCUCCCUCCCUCUCUCCCUCCCUCCUUGCCUCUGAGGAAUGUGAGGCUUAUGUCAGUGAGAGUCAGGUACAGACUCACUAAUUACCAUUGCCAUUCCUCCCUCCAUCUCUCCCUCCUGCUACCUCCCUCUUUCCUUCAACUCCGCCACCUUCAGCGCUCUUUCUCUCCUCUCUCCUCCACUUGGAGACCUUGUGCACUCCCCCUCCUCUCCCCCUCCUGUCUCCCGCUGUUGCGUCUACCAGGGCUGUCGUGACUGGAGCAGAGGAGAGUACAAAAAAACAGAGAGGAUUUGAGUCAGGAUCCAAAAAAACACCAAAAGGAGAAGAGAAACUGUGACUUGUUCAGUGUGUGUGCUGUGUGUUUGUUCGAUGUGAUCUGAGACCUCUUCUGAUUGUGCUCUCGGGGGGGGGACCUGUCAUUGAAGACAGGAGGCGCCUUGACAGCAAAACGAGAGGCCAGCGAGACCCUGACGGACGGCGUAAAGGAGGAGAGUAAGAGGGACGGAAAGAUGAAAAAGUGACAGGCCAGGAUUGUUGCUUUUGAACGGUGGCAGAAGAACCGACGGCAACGCAGAGACUACACGUCCCAUCAUCCCACAGGUUAGCUGCAAACUCAUCAUGAGUCUCUUUCUUAAUGACUUUUAUCUCGACUUAGAACAGCUCUGCUUUUUUAAGGACUUGUGUUUUCUCACCUGGACAUCCAAGAACAAACACACACACACAAACACUGACACACAUUCACACACACAGAGACACACAUGCACCGGCACACAGUGGGUAUCUGGAAGGACAUUUCUUCAGCUGGUCCAGUGUUCACACUGAUCCAGCUGACUGCUUUAACCUUCACUACAAGGUUAUGGGACGGGGACUCAGUGUUUAUUUGUGUUGGGAUGUGUGUUUAUGUGUGUGAGAGAUCAGUUGCUGUCUUGUUGAGCCGUUGUGUGUGUGUGUGUGUGUGUGUGUAUGCUUGUGUGUUUUCUAGAAACUGGUUGAGCAGGGCGCCACUUAGCUUUGGGUGUCCUGUUGUACAAACCAGAUGAGGCUGAACGACUGUAUUAUGGGUUAUUAUUUACUCCACUUUUUUUGGAGCUUUGAUAGUUUAAAUUACCACAACCUCGAAGUCACAUUUUGAUAGAAAUAAGUGAAAUAAGUGUGUGAUUUACAGAGGGACUCCUUUCAGAUGGUGUUUAAGUUUGUUUAAAGCUUAUUAGAAACUUACUUUCUCUUUAUUUUAACUUCCUGCUUCCUGACAAUCCGCUGUAGAGGUGGAGGUGCGUGAUGAAGAUGACUGGCUUCCUCAUGAAUACUCUAAAUAGUUUUGGAAGUUGAAGGCGUGUGUGUGUGUGUGUGUGUGUGUGUGUGUGUGUGUGUGUGUGUGUGUGUGUUGAUGCACUGGUCAGACCUGACGGGGUGAUCACACGUUUGAUCAAAACUGGCUCAUGCAGAAACUAAACCAAAAAUAGACACAGACUGUGAAGUGGGUUAGUAAAGGACGCUCAUAUGUAUCUAAUAGACCUGCGUGCGUGUGGGUCGCUCUGUCUGUCAGACUCAGAAUGUGGCUGUGGCUUCAUUGCGGACUGUGUGAGACGGUUCAGUGAACUAUUUUUUCAGAAUGAUGCUUAUCUCCAUACCCACUCGAUUACAUUCCACACAUGCAAAAAGUGACAAACAGAUUUCCUAGACAGGAGUUGGAAUGAAGAUAUUUUUCUGUAAUGUGAUGAAGUGAUAUCUGGUUACAGGAAAACUUUGGAGAAACAAAGGGCAACAGGAAGAAAAAUAGAAAAUCUCUUUGUCCUGCUGCGAAGGUCGUCGUUUCUUUAGAAGCAGGACGCUGACAGGAAAUUUAUCGUUCAGCAAAAAGACCCAAAAAAGCUUAAACAGCAUGAAUAGUACACACACACACACACACACACAUAGUAAUCGGCUGUGUCACAUGACUGUCACAUGAUCAUCUCAUGCUCAUGAUGGGGAAGCAAAGAUUCGGUGUAGUGUGUGCGUGUGUGUGAGACAGAGCCACAAGCCUAAUCCAGCAACUCUGGAGCAGAAGUCUAAAGCUGCAGACUAAAGAAGCCGAGAAAGAGAGAGAGAGAAGGAGAGAGAGAGGAGAAAGAGAGAGAGAGAGAGAGAGAGAGUAACCUGUUAGCAGUACUAUUGUGCUGUUUAUAAAACACCUGUAACAAGAUCUGAUCAGCCUCUCUCUCCUCUCUCCCUCUGUCUUUCUGUUUGUAACAAACACACAUACCUGACAGCACAAUGGCCACAUUCUUCCCCCUCUAUUACCCCCCUCACCUCCACCCCCCAUUUCAGUUCCCCUCCUGUUCAGGCCAAACGCUCAGAUGAGGGGGAGGCUGAAACAGGUGAAAUCAAGGGUUGGGCAUAAAGGUAGACAGAAGAGAGAGAGCUGCUGAGUAAGAUAUCUAAUUAACUGAAACAAAAGGCAGUCUGAACCAGGAUACGGAUUUGAAGCCAAAAAGUUCUCAGUAAUUCCGCUGAAAUUUUCUCCAUUUCCUGAAACCAACAUUGCGCAGUAGCGUUGUACACAUUCGGCGGGAGAGUCUGUGAUGACGCUCGGCUCAAACAGCGUAUCCCCGGGUGAGCUACGCAAUCCUUGUACGCCCAUAGGCUGUAUCAAGUGUCAAUCAUAGAAAACAUGAACCCCCUAAUAACUUUUAAAAAUGGAGCUGUACAGAAAAAAGAGGACUUGAGCACAAACCAGUCUUACAAUAACUAUAUGUCAACAUCGCAAGCAGGGACGCAAAAUUUACGUUUUAAAUUUCUCAAGUUGGUCCACAGCUCCAUAAGCUUUGCUGGCGGAGACGGGAUUUAUGACCUAUACUGCAGCCCGUCACUAGAGGGUGCUGUUCUCAAGGUGGCAAGGUGGCAGACGCUGUCCAUUCUAUAUACAGUCUAUGGUCAAACCAUCUCAAGAGAAAGGGUCACCUGCUUUAUUUCAAAUGAUAAAUAACUGAAACGAUAAUAAACUGUUGUUAUCUCAGUAGAACUUUAUGUUUUAGCUUUGACUUGGUAAAGGGAAACACUUCCCACUAUCUUCUUUUAUGUGCAGUCAUCAGUCUGUCCCUUUGUAAACAUACCUCAAGAACGUCCUUCAGAUUUGGCACUAACAUCAACUUGCCCUAAAAAUAAAAGAGAUUAAAUCUUUGGUUAAAAAAAAAAGUCGGAGGCCAUCGUAACUUCAUACAACCUUCCAUUUUUUGUGAAUGUAACAUCUCAGAAACACCAGAAGGGAAUGUACUCACCCUUGAAAGAAUGUCCACCAGGACUCAUGGGGAUGAAGGAUAGACUCACCGCAGAAGUUCAAAUGAUGCAUUUGCCAAAACUUGCAGGUUUAGAUGUUGAACUAACACAACAAAAGUACUUGGUCUUGUCCUUAUGAAUGUGAUUAUUCUGAUAAUAUCUCACUGGACCCAAGAGUUAAGUGAUAAUUAUUUUAGUCAACCUGACAACUGUCAAAGGUCAAAGGUCAUGUCCUUUUUCGUGAAUACUGUAUCUCAAGAACUAGUAUUAGUAACAAGUAUUUGUAGAGAAUGACACAGGGGGAAGGGGAUGAGGGAAGCAAGGUGAGGCAGGACCCCACCCACCUAUACAUCAUCACCUAUGCACUCUCACAUUUAGAUUGAGGCUUGAUUAAAGGGAAUAAUAAAGACGGUGAAUAAAUCCCUCCUGGGUUGAGGUCAUUUAAACUUGUGUCAAAGUCACACUCUUUGGUGACCACACCUCCUCCAUCAGGAGUUUAAGUGCCUGGACAACAAUGUGACGCUGCUGCAUUUGCUCAUGACUGACAAAUCUCAUCAUUCCCACACCACAAGACCACGAGAUCUCCUCAAGCAUAUAUCAUUAUGAAAUGAUGACACUACAGCUGCGGCUUUCCAGUGGCUCGUGUCUUGAUUUUGUCUUGGUUGUUUGAUAUUUUAAAUAAGAUUUUUUGUUUUUUACAGACUGUUUAUUUUUUAGCUUAAUACUUAAAAAAACAUCGACACCUUCAUAAACAUUUGCUGUACAAUUUAGUGUUGAAGACACACUUUUAAUUACAUGCUCAGGGCUAAAAUGUAGGAUGUGUCACACCAAUAUACCUGGUAGAAAAUGCAGAAAGAGAUAUUUUAAUGUGUUAGCUAGAAGGAUAUCAAACUCUACAUGAAGGGAAACCAUAAAAAAAAGCUACACAGCUGCAUGGAAACUGCACAUUGCUGCUCAUAAGGCGCACUGUCAAUUUUUGAGAACAUUUCAGGAUUUUAAGUGCACCUUACAGUCAGAAAAAUACAGUAUUAUCCAUAAUACCACAGUACCAAAAGUAUCAAAAUCUAUUUUAAUACCCUGAGAAGCCCAGGCAAAGAGAAUCAAUAUUGUGACCAGAUCGCCAAACUUGUGCAAAAACCCUGUCGUUUUUUUACUGACAGCAAUAUACUGCAUGAGCUGAAAUGAGACAUUGUGCAACCGUCUCUCAUGGCAGGGCCGAUGCUCACUGUUGAGUGUGUAAACAGGCCGUGUCCACUCACUGUGAAGGCUGCAUCAACAGUCGCCCCCCCUCUCCCCGUCUUCCCUUUACACCCCCACCUUCUGCUGCCCAACCUUUGACCCCUACAUAACCUCUACCCCCUGCAUCCCCCUCUUCUUCCCUCUCCCCUUGUAUCCAGCCAGCCAGCCUCUCUUCUCUCCUUCAACCUGUUCAUACACUAAUGCUGUUAUUAUGCUUCAUUUCACAGCGAGUUUCCUCCUCCUGCAGUAAUAGUUUUUGUGUGUGUGUGUGUGUGUGUGUGAUGAGUGUUCAGGCGCAGCAAAGGAUAGGUUUCCUUUUAGUCAAAUCACUCAUUAUUUUUCUACUUACCGUUUUGUACACUACUUAUUAUUAUUACGCUGAUUACUGUGAUCAUGGUUGUUCUCUAUACUGUCUUUGAAGGCACACCUAGUUUAGUUAAAACCUGUGAGUGAUAGAGUUUAAUCCAAAAUCUACAAAACUUUUAUUUAAUUUACGUAGGAAAGGAGGGAUCCUCAAAUAGUAAAUUUGAAUGGUAGCAGUGACUCAUAACAGUUUACUUUACAUGUGCAAAUGUCACUAUUACAACAUGAAUAUUUAAAAAUGAGACCUGAAAAGAUGUUAUGUUAUCUUUGAAGACGGAGCGUCCAUUUGCCUUUUUAUCAAACGGGCUUCUCUAUGCAUACCUGUCGCUGCACACAAUGGGCUUGUUGUCUGGACAGCAGGCCAAGAGGCAAGGUGUGUGUGCGUGUGUGUGUGUGUGUGUAGGGGGGGGCGUCAUUUGAUUCUGGCAGGAAAGGUAAGUAAAUGCUAGUGGUGUUGAAGGAUGUGUGGAAGUGUGUUGAGGUGUGUGAGGUUUUGAGGGAAAGACAGCGUUUUACGCGGCAUCCGAAGAUAAAAUCCAACCCCAAACACACACACAUGCAGACACACGCAUAUACACACACACACACACACACACACAAACAAAUACCCUACUCCCCCCCCCCCCCUCACUCUGCUAGAAUGGAAUGUUCCACGGACAGACCAACUUUGUGAACCCAUUCACAAAUCUGACAAAAAGUUGCCAUGUUGAUAUUUUCUGUAUAAGCAAACUUCAGUAAUGUUCAUCCUCAUGUUGUCCCCUUCAUGUGCUCUGAAAUGCACUUUACUCAGUAAAACAAGUGGAUUUAUGUUAAAGAUUACAGUCUUUAAAGUUUUUUUUUAUAUAAAAAUUAAAUUUGCUUGGUUUGAAUUUUAUAAAAGAGGGUCACGACUUAAGGACCAUGGGAAAAUGUAGGUCCCAGAGUGAGACCAGUUGAGAACCACCGCUCUAAGUGACCUUGUUAACACCUGGAUUUAAAAGACUUCAAGUGCUGUCUGAUCAUGGGGGGAUUGUCAUGACUCUGAUCUAUUUGACCAUAUGGCAUCAAUCAAUCGAUGAGUUUUUGCUUUUAUAGUGCCAAGUCACAAGUCUAUUUGAUCACUUUAUUUUUUAAGGACCCAGCAUGGUUUCUCAUGAGCUAGCACAUUUGGAAACAGCAGUGAGGAAAAACUUCCUUUUAACAGGCAGAAACCCUGGGCAGAACCAGUGUCACUGGUGAACAGCCAUCUGCAGAAAGAGAGAGGAAUGGAGUGAUAACACCAAAAGAUAUUGACUAAUGACUACUGUGCUGAUAAUCAGUACAAUGUGUAACUCUAGCUGUACAAAUAUGGUGAAUAAAAACAGGAUUAACUUAAUUUAGACCUACAAAGUCUAAAUCAGUAUGUCUUAUUUUGCCUUUUCCAACCACAAUAAUGUUCAUGUCAGACAUACUGAUCCUACAAACUGUAGUUGUAAUAUAAUAGUGUUAAACCUCCUGUGAGGAACUUUUGGUUUUCGUCAAUUUGAUGCAAUCUUUGCUAAUUUUGGCUACAACAUACUUUAGUAAUGAAAAAUCCUCAUCCUGCUGACUUAAUGUAUCAUUCAUCGUGAGCAUUUAAAGUGGGAAUUUUAAAAAAUGCUGUUUCCUCAUCUGUUAGACUGACACCUCCCCUCUUACUGGUGUCAGUCAUCAAAAUUAAGAACAUUAAAACCUUUGGUCUUGUAGCUGAUGGUUUUAUUUGCUUUUGAAUAUUGUCAGAAGGCAUCAAUAUAAAUUUUGUUUUAAAACUCCUCAUGGGAGCUUUAAUAUUAAUGUGUCAAUAUUAAAGGGUUAAGAAAGGGAAUGAGACUUAAUCAGUGCAUGUACUUUUUUCAGGCUGUUUUCAGCGGUGAAAUAAACUUGUACAUGUGUCAGUUUAAACCCUCUGGAGCAAAAAAAAAAUCGCCAUGUGGAGACACUUCGCCCUCGUGGUCAAAGUAAUCUGAAACAGCUGUUAUAAAAGACACCUCAAUAGACAUAACGGUAAACAAAGAUAUGUCUCAGCUGCUUGGGUGUUUUCUUUUUAUGAAACCCAUUUGAAAAACAAGUUUUUAUUCUCAUACAUGGUUCUCACCUUCCCUCUCUUCAGUGUCAGACCAUCUAUCAGUGGCUUCAGUCUGCAGUGAAGUAGUUGAUCUCAAAGGGUUUAAAUUUCUAGGUUGUUGUAUUUUUUUACUGUAAAUCUAUUGUGUGUGAGUGUGUGUACUAACCUACACUUGAGGGGCGUGUGUGUGUGUGUAUGUGGCUGGUAAUGCCCUAUGUUGAAUUUCACCUGCUUUUAUCCACCUGUUUACUUUCUCCUCUCGGUGUUAUUGCACGUAUGCGUGUCUGUGUCCGUGUAAGACAACAAUACACCUUCUGGUAAAUGAGGGACGUUCCAAACAGCAGGUUUAAGAUUGCUAGACAGUAAAUUUGCAUAUAUCUUACUCUCUGAGCAGAACUACUUCUCACUGUUACGCACACACGAUAGACUCCAGUUUAAUGAAACAACCAGUCCAUUAAUUAAGACAAUGAUUCGCAAAUUUAUGAAGACUUAGUUGACAUGAAUGUGACAGGGAUCUGAUAAAAUGACAGAAAAAUUUCUAUGCUUUUUUUCAAUGCUAAAAUUAUUCUUGGGGUUUCAUUAAUUGAUAGUUUUUCUUAAGUGGGAUUACUCCUGCAUAGAAUCUGAACACUUCUGCAUUUAAUUGUGUACUUGCGCUCUCAGAUUUGAUCAUUUUCCAGCCUAGUCUGUGUUAUAAUCCCACCUACACGUCGGUUAUACCAUAGUCACAUGAUAGGUGGCAUGUUAUCUCAGCGUUGAGAGACAGGAGAGUCACUCAUGUUGACGCAACAAUGGUUACUGGCUGGAUAAUAAAAGGGUACAGUGUGGUUAGAAGUCACACCAUAAGAUGACUCUCUAUCUCAGUGCUUGCUUGUAGUUCUUCAGAGAUCCUUCAGGUUUCUCUCUUGUUCUCUCUCUCUCUCUCCUUUUUCCUCCUUCCUCGUCUCCUUGACCUUGGCAGUGACUGUAGCACCUAAACACACAAAGAACCUGUUCUGCCAUUGGGUGGUGACAAGCCACAUGACUGCAGUGUCAGCUGACUGAAUUCUAGGCAAAAGGGGAAACUUCUUUCAUCGAGAUGGAAGAAAAAAAAAAAGUUGGACUUUAAUGUCAGCUCCUGUGCGUGUGUGUGUGUGUGUGGAAAGGGGGGGUGCUCUUUUGUUGCUGAGUCAUAAUUGUUAAUCAUGAGCGAGACGUUGUGAUUGGUUGACAGCGACUCAGGAGCCGCAGGUUGAGAGGUGACUCUUUGAAGGGGGAAGUGUUAACAAAGAGCAGACUUUUCCCUCGUGGCACAAGUGGAGUCUGACAGGAAUUUUUUCGGCAGAACAGAAAUUACAAACUCAACAAUGGUCAGCUCAAAGCAGAGACACACACACUCACACAAUGACCUGUGAGUUGUGCUCACACUGGGACCCCCUGUGUUUGCUUCUGGAGAACAUAACAGUCCUCUAAAUGGCACCUAUGAUUAGAUUGUUUAUUGGAGUGAAAAAGAUCCAAAUAUUUCCUUUAAACAGUUGUCCUUGUCUCUUUUAUUUCAGGUUAUAUCAGUUACACUCCUUCAUUUCCCGUCACUUGGCCUAAUUCUUUUGUUUUGAGCAUUGACAUAUUUUCUUGACCUCCACUUUUAGAUAAUCAUUACACCGUAAAAAGUAGAUAAAGAAGGAACGAGAUACACAAGUAAUUUGGGGCAUUUAUAGAGAUAGGCACAGUCGUGAUGAGAUAAAGACAGACUGACAGUAAAGAUUCACGGUCACAGCCGCACGAGGAUCCAAAGUGUUACAAACUCUGACAGUGUGAAUCUGCUGCCUGCGGUGUUUCUAUUCCUUUUUAAAAAAGCGCCUUUUCCUGCUGAGGCUCUUCAGCUGUCUCACAUGCCCAGCAGGAAGGAAACACAUCUCAGGUCAUUGACGUUUCUGUACUGUUUAUGUUUCCAUUGACAGUUUGUAAAGAACGUACAAACAAUACAACUCAGUUCACACUGGCUCCCUCUGUGUUUCUGAUUAUACGAUUUUUAGACCUCAUGUUUAAAGUUUAGAGGGUGUAAUAAUGUGCAACGAUUUGACUUUUCACAGCUGUUACAAAGUGAGAAACGUACACAGGAGAUAUUCUUUCAGAUUUGAACACCCUCUUUCUGUCUCAGUGACCGUUCAAAGACUGUUUGUGUUCAGAAAUUUAACCUCUCGUACGGGAUCAUAUCCGACCUGUUGAGCUAGUUCCCACAUGUCCCUCUCUUCCUCUCUGUCUGUCUGUCUCUCUCUGCCUCAGGAGGCAUCAACCUGAUGGCCAUCGUCAACAAGGUCAUCUGUCAUUGGUGCGUGACCUCUUGACUUUAUCACAGAGAUGUUUUUCAGUUGUGUUUAAGCUGUUGUGUGGAAAUCAUGAAGAAGUGCAGACAAUUGUAGUACCUGAAGUGUCCACUGGAGGCUGACGCCAAAAGCCAAGGAAUCUCCUAUAACUCUCAUAUUUGCAGCAGAAUUACAUAUCGACACAAUCAUGUCUACAGCCUGGUGCCAAAAAAAAACAGUUUUAAACUCAAUAGCUCGUACCUUUACUGGUGCACACUCUUACUUGAGUUGAUUUUUAUGUUAUUCAUCUGUUUUAAUGUUAACAGUUAUGCAUGGAUUUGCAAAGUCAGGGCCUUGGCAGAGUUGACUGACAGGCAAGCAGAUUUUAGUUGUUUGCCAGGAAGCGUCUCCAUCUCCCCCCUCUUUGCCUGAGUCUAAGUUGACCUCAAAAUGGCUUGAGUCAGCAUUUCCCACAUGGCAACCGUCUUUGUUAGGCUGCAUGACCCCUCUACAGAAAUCUAUAGGUAACUCCUGAGUCUAAGUCCAUAUUUUAAUCAAAUACCAAUAAAAUUUACUGAUUUUCCACAGUGUUUAAAAUGAGAAUCAGUGGAGACUAUUACUCACAGGAGAAACAUUGUAAUGAUGCAACAGUCAUUUACUCUUCUAAGUUACUUUAAUUGCACUGUAAGGACACAUGAUUAUAUAAUUGUACAAUGUGAUCACAGAAAAUUAGCGCCUGUCUUUCUUGAAAAUGUAAAAAUAAAUGUUGUGAGGAGCUGUGAAACUAAACACUGUAGAAAUAGUUUGGACUUUGUAGUGGAAUAUUGACGAUUUCCAUUUGUUAUCAUGUGAUAACAAAUUAGUUUCACACACUCUACUUGUCAUGUUAGUCAUUAGUGUACACAGUUAUAUUAGGUGGUAUACUGCUGUACAAAAUAAUUCACAAAUUCACCAUUAUUAUCCUUUUUUUGUCUAUAUGUUUAAAAAUUUCCAAGAUAUUUACACCUGUGUUUCUUAAUCUGAUGUGAAACCGUGACACAAACUAAGGAGACUUGUCUGUUUUAUAGGGUUUAACAAGUGGGUUUGUCUUUACUUGUCUUGACACAUACAGUAUGUGUAGCAGGGUGUGUGUAUGUGUGUUGCAGUGUGUUAGUAAUAAAGUAAUCUUGGUCCUUUAAUCACAGUCACUACCACCUUAAAAAAGAGUUUAUGGUGGUAUCGGCCUUCACUCUAACCUGAUUACUCUCGACUGAAAGAGAUUUCUCCACCUGUAAACUUUGAGCUGCCUUUCUACAUGUACUCUUUGUUUGUGUGUGUGUGUGUGUGUGUGUGUGUGUGUGUGUGUGUGUGUGUGUGUGCGCGUGUGUGUCUUUGUGUUGCAAAAUAAGCAAGAAUAAGUGAUUGCAUGUGCUUCAUUAACAGAGCCAUUGGUUAAUGUGUCACUUGCACAAUGGCAAUAGUGCACACACACAUACACACACACACACACACACACACACAUGCUGUAGUAGAACGACACCUCGUAAGAGCUUACGGGCCCCGCUCUCUUUAAGGGUUGUUUAAGGUUACACACACGUCUACACAUUGUCAGUGUGGUCUCCUUCCUCUUCUUUUUGUGUUUCUGGUAAAUAUGACUGGAAUGUGACAGCUUCAGUCUGGACUGCGUUCUCUUUAUCGCCAAUGAAUGACUAACAAUUCACACCAAGACACCCAAGAAGAAAGUUUUCAGUUUUUUGUGUGUUUUUUUUUUUGAUAACCACUUCUAGUUAUUUUGGGUUCACGCCUCAUUAACACCUGGCUUGAUCAGAAGACAUCUGUUAGCACACCGUUGCAAAAACCAUAAAUGUGUGAUGGACUUUUUAAACUUGUUUGAACUUCAGUCUGAAAUCAAAGAAAACCUUUAACUACAGGCUGAUAAAAUACUGUGUUUAUCCUUGAAACCUGCUGAAAACUCUGCUCGGUUGUAUUUAAACCAAAGUCAGGCUUUGUCAGGUUUAUCCCAAAAGGCCCGAGGCCUUAAAGUGGUUCUGCUGAUUUACAGUUUCUCUCCCAACUCUGUUUGAGUUAUGACAAGUCUAGCCUACAAGUUAUCUAGAGGAAGAAGAAACUAAAUAAGGAAAUGAUGAGUAUUGAAACAUUUCAGGUAAACAAAUAAUGCCAGCGCAGAUAACAGAUCAUGAUAAAGUUUACACUUUGACUCACUCUGUUUUGAUGGGCACAGAUAGGCUUAUGGCUAACCACGACUCAAGUCCAAAUUGCCACUAUUAUGGCGUCAAUUUGAAGAAACAUUCAUGAAUCCAAGAGGAUUAAAUCUCUUCACAGUCAUCUGUUACUUUCAUCACGCCCAGAUACCUCCAAAAGAAGAUCCAAUGUGCCGCGCCCUUAUUUUUUAAGUGCUAUUAGCAUCUUGGCAAGCUAACAUUAAAAACUAAGUUGGUUUACAUUGUGAAUAAAACCCACCAAAUCAUCAAUUUUCAAACUGAACAACUAAACUUCACUCUAAAAUCAGCUUUUUCUAUUUUAUCUUAAUUUUAAACGUGGAAAAAAUCUGUUUGUAAGUGGGCGUAUGGCGAUGAAGUUCAAAUGGAUAAUCCACCCACGUUCAGUCGACAUAUUUACAGUCAAGGCAGCAAAACAGAGGCAAACACUAAAGUAUAAAGCUGAUAACAAGCUGUUUUGAAUUCAUUACCAAUGACCAUUCGAAGACUUGAAACUUUACUGUCCACUGAGGGACAACAGACAACAGUUUUGCACCUAAUAUUAGCGUAUAAGGAUUGCCACUGUGAGCACAUGAGUAUAUUUAAGAAAACAUUCAGCUGUUUCGUGUCAUAAAUGGAGAAAAAAAAUAGAAAGUGGAAGAUAUUUUGAGCGGUUGUGACUUUCACUUGAUGAUGGAUGUGCACACACCUGCACAUGACAUAUCUAUAAACGCCGUCCAUCUCCAACACAAACUCAUGACUUUUCCCUCAUUGUGGUCAAUCAUCACCUUUUGUCACACCCUCUGCUCUUUUAUUCUUUCCCCUCCCUUUUGUCUCAUUCCUUAUCAGCUAAGAGCGAGAGAGAGAGAGAUUGUAGGAGGAAGAAAACAGGUGGGGGGGUUACCUGUUCCUUAGUGGCCCCACCUCUCUCUCUCUCUCUCGCUCUCUCUCUCUCUUGUGGCAAUUGAGAAUGAGUAAACACUAAACCACCUUUGCUUACCUCCUCACUCAAACAGUCAGUCACACACAGGCAGGUAAGGAGACUCUUACUUACUGCUGCAGUCUGUCACAGUCAGAAGAAGGUGAAGUUCUGGAGACAGGUGUGAAUGUGUAAAGUGACUCAAGAAAGCUUGAAAAAGCACCAGCUGUGUCUUCUUGGCCAGUUUGUCUGCGCUCCUCGGUUUGGGAUACAGGUAAACUGUUGAUAUUGAUACACACACGUAUUUUUUGUGUCCUUUAAAUUUCUCUUGAAUCUAAAACUGUUGAAUGUUUUUAUGUCAGUGGCUUGUACACUUUAACUCUACCUGAGCACUUUUUAUCACUUCUGUAUGUUGUAAAGAUUUCCUAUAUCAGCCUUCCAGGUAAGACGGUCUUCAGCAAAGCAGCCCGUCUUUCUUUUAUAUAUAUAACAUGAUUUAUUUUUUAACAGAGGUAAAGUUAAGUUGACCAGACUCCCUGUAUCAGUGCUUCAACAGAGCAAAAAUGAUUGGAAACAGACAACAAAAGGUACUUAAACCAAUCAGUGAUUGGAAUGGAGAUCAAGAUCUCCUUACAAUGAAACCAGUGGAACCAGUGGAGUGGCAUGGCACUGUAUGUGUAUGUGAGAGUGUGUGAGUGUUUGUGUGUGUGUGUGUGUGUGCAUAUGUGUGUUUAGGGUGGGGGAUAAAAAGUGCUUCAGUACCUUAAUGGUAGGGCUGCUUUAACCUACAGACUUCCGGGUUGUUCAUCAUAUAAUCUGUGGACUUUUACCCCUCUUAGGUGAGCUGUUUGUUGUGUGUCAUUUGUGUGUGUGUGUUUAGUUUUGUGCGUGACAGGCGGCAACAAAGAAUCCAGUGACCUAGAGCAAAUUGUCAUACGUCUGGGGCUCAUUAAAAAACCAAAUAAGUGGUAAAAAAAUAAGCCAGAUUUGACAUUUUUGAAGUUUGAAGUGAAUUUUUUAAAGAACUUUUCUGACUUGUGUUAGAACAGCGCUUUUGUGUCGACAGAAAUGUCACUUCAUUCCCAAGUUUCUGCGAUUGUUCCAUUGUAGGAGUCUGACACACGUUCUCCAGACGUGUGUUUGCCGACAGGGAGGGCCGUUGUUUGAUUAUAAAAGUGUGUAUGAAGGUUAACUCCUUUGCAAGCCUGUGUAGUUUGAGAGAUGCUGAAAAAGAGAGAGAUUAUAUCCAAGCGUUUUGAGUGUUUUAUUGUUCUGUGCAUCAAAUAUCAGCAGCUCCUCAGCUUUAAACCCUGCUGGUUUCUCCACACACACACACACUCACGCUCAGGGGGCCACUAAAGCCUCUAUCACGAGUGCGGGACACUGUCAACGUCAGUAGUAAUUGUCUGAAACAAUGUCUGCUGUGGCCUUGAACAGGCUAGCUGAUUAGCCUGAGGAAUGUGUUUGUCAAGGGAAGAAAAGCCCCUUUUGGCUAAUGCUAAAGCUAAAGCAGCUCUUAUGAUUAGUAAUGACUGUGUGACUGUUUGAGGGGACAUAUUGUAUGUGGUAACGUUCAGUGAACCUUAAUUCAGUGCUUUAAUUAUGACUUGGACGGGUUCAAGUUUGGAUAGAUGCUGUUAUUGAAGUAAAAAAAGGAGAUGUGAAGUUGCAGGCUCUCUGUUUUGUUUGAUUCAGGAGUGUUUGAGCCCAAUGGUUGUGGUUUUAGUGGGCAAAUGUGAAGGUCCUGAAGGCAGGAGGGCUCCUAGAGUAAAUGAGCUGGAAUCAUCCCUCUGUUGUGAAGUCGGAGGCGGUCACUUACGCACUCCUGAUGACCUGAAAUUCUUCAGGCCGGUUUCACUCUGAAUGACUUAUCAGCUCUGUGGGAGGCCUAUUUUCUGGCCUCAUUUGCUCCUCUACAUCUGGUCUUUUCGUCCGCUAACCUCCCGCACACUUUCUCCCUUCAUUUCAUCCCCUUUUCCUCACCCCCCAGCUUGCCCUCCUCUCCACACCUUCCCUUCUUCUCCCUCCCCUUCCCUCCCGUCUUGCUGCACUCCUGUGAGCAUGACUGAACCAGAGGAAUGAGGGUGACAGGUACAUGGAAGGGAGAAGAGAGGACAAGGAGGGAAUGACCUAGAAGUCUCAAAUUUUGAUUUCUGCCAGAAAACUGUUCUACGGAGUCAUUUCUCCACCCACACAAAAAUAAUUUACUCACAUGUUUGAUUGCCAGUGAAAAAGCUUCAAGAGCCACCGCUGUUAAGUUUGGAGUCACGCCAUUUGACGGAGCUGAAACUUAAGUUAAGUUGACUGCAAAUUCAAUUAGCAUUAAAAAUGAAAGUACUAAAAGACAUUUAGGUUUUCGUUUAAGUGUCCUCAGAGAAAAAGUGAAACUUACUAAGAGACUGAACAACAUGAGGUUAGUGUCUAGCUGUGUUAGUGACUAACGCCUGAGAAUAGAUUUUAGAAACUGGGCAAAAAAUACUAAAAAUUCCAGCUGCAAACUGAACAGCAAAUUUGCAUAUCCGACAGCCAAAUAGUGAGCUGGUUCUAGUGCUCCAGAUUCUUCUAUUUGUGCUCUGCAAAUUCAUUAUGACAAGCAAAUACUUGUCUGUACUUUUUCCUCAUCAUGCCCUUGAUUAAAACGUCGGUUUAAGUCUUGUACAGCGCUGAAACCGUGAUAGAGCUGCGAGGAUGUAAUUCUAAAAGUAGAAGAGAUCUCAGUUAAUAUAAAAUCAGUGGAAGUUCCAAAUGAUGUGUGAGCAACUCUUUGACAUUUUCACUUUCUAACAUUAACCAGCAGAAGAAUCAACAUAUGUAUCAUUUGUAUGUAAUCUAUGAUAUUUGAGCUCCAGCAAACCGUUCAAAGACAAAUGAAAAGAGGUAAUAUGGCUCCAUUAAUUGUGACAUAACUCUUCAUCCUGCUGGAGUCAGAGUGCUGACAGUCAGGCUGUGUGAACCACCACUGUGCGAGGACAUCAUGUGUGCUGAGGGGUCACACAGUUCUCACUUCUCCUCUCGCAGGUUCAAGGUUUCACUUUGCUAUGGUCACUUUUUGUAGCUGACUCUUACAAAUAAUGCGACCCAAAGGCACCGAAACUUACUUCUCUCUGUGUUGUCUUUCGUUAGUCGGUUUAAUAUCAGCCACUUAACAACUAUUCCUGUUUUGAAUUCAUGAUUUGAGUUCAUGAUAACUGUCUAUCAUUACUAGAGGUGUAUACACUGCCAUUAAAAAACACAACUGUAAGUUUUAUUUAACAUCAUUUCAGAGGUUUGUUAGUUGAAUCUGAGAGGAACUUCUUCCUGGAAAGCACAGUUUGAGAUCAAACACGUCAGCAUACUCAGAACGGUUGUAUCGCUCCGCAGAAAUGAACAUCAAGCUCUCCGGUCUUGUGACAUGCCACUCAUUGACUAAUAUGGCUGACUUGUAAUGAAAGAUGGCCGCCGCUAAGAUACUGAUUACCAGCAUGGCUUUAUCACUGACUUUAUUCUUGCUUGUUCACGUGUUUGCUGUGGGUAUAAAGCAGAGGUGUGGACCCACUGAGCAUUUUUGGUCUAAACGAGGUCUAAUAGACGUCUAAAUGUAGCUUAGACGACAGGUCUAAAAUCAGGCUAUAACAGGUCUAAAAAUGAAAGUUUUUUAGACGUAUAAGUUUUGACUAGUUGGCUAUAUCUAUAUGACACUGUGUAUUGUAAUUAUUUUGGUGAAGUACUUGGAGGUCAGUUGUGCAACUCACAGUUGCUUUUUGAAAUAAAUAGUUAUCAAAUAAUGGGUUAAAGUGCAACGUCUAAAUUCCAUCUACAAAUAUACAGAAUCUAGAUGGUUGAAAUUAGGUCUAAAAAAAACUAGAUGUAUAAUAACUGUCUGUUGCUUAGUGUGUAGUUUGUGUGUGUAGGGUGAGGACCAGUUUUUCCGUAGAUGAUGGGAUUUGAAGUGAACUCUAAUUAGAUCUAAGAACUAAGUAGAAUGAGAUUUGAUGUUUGCACAAUAUCUACAAAUUAUCGUGUCCCUGCAUUUGUGAUGAUUACUUCAAACCAUAAAUAAACUGUCUGCAGGUAUCAAGAUAAGACGGUAACACUUUAUAAUAAACAUAAUUUUUAAAUGGUAAAUAGAUUGUUUAUUAAUGUUUAAUCAUCACUUAAAAACAGCAUAUAGACCAAAUAUAAAUGGCAAACAGAAUUUAUUAAUGGAAGUUAUUAGUUACUUUACCAUUACCAAGCACUGAAAUUAUGACUAAUUUUCAUUAAUUAUUGAUGGACUAUUUAUUAAAGGUUUAUAUAGGGUUAAAAUGUUGGUUUUAAAACAUCUAGAUUAAAAUGUGUCUCAGUAGCACUUUGUAAAUGAUUAAUAAGUGGUUUAUAAACCACCUAUAAACAUUACUUAGAUGGUUAUUUUAAAGUUCGGGUUAAUGUUAGGGUUAGGGUUAGGUUUUUAAAAAUUUAAAAUUUAAAAUUUAUUUAUGGUCUAUAUGCUGUUUAUAAAUGAUGAUUAAACAUUAUUAAACUAUCUGCUUACCAUUGGUAAAUGGUCGUUUUAACAUUUAUAAGUGAUGGUGAUUGUAAAGUGUUACCGAUGAGACUUCUAGAUGUGUUUGUCUGUGGUGAAACUUCAUAUUUUUGUGCGUGACGAAUGAUUGAGAGAGGGUGUGCAAUGAUUAAGAAGUGACAGACAGUAAAUGUUUUCCCCUCCAUCUUUUGUUUUUUGGUGUCGGGUUCAACGAUUAACCGUUGACCUGAUAGUGCUGCUGUGCGGUCACCAGAACACCUGACCCCUCUGAGGUCUUUCUGGAUCCUGAUUGGCUCUCACUGAUGACUGACAGUUAAUCUUUGAUGAAGACUGACCCUCUGGCUUGAAGGAGGCCUUGAUUGUUACUGAUCUGUGAUCUUGCUCAGACCAGAAAUCAGUGUUUUCUUCACAUUGGCAUAAAGUGAAAUGAUUAUGCAAAGUUCCUUUAGAAGUGCUCACAUCUUUCUGUACAUGUUUUAACACCCACACCUUUGUAGACACACCUUUUUCCAGUUAGUUUUGGAUUUAGUCAUUCCUAAUUCAGGGUAAUUAUUUUGCAAGUUUUGUAAUAACUGGUUGGUUUUGCAAGCAAAUACAAUGUGCUCCUGUCCACAAAUAUCUCUCUAUCACAUGCUUUAAUGGUCUCUCUCUCUCUCUCUCUCUCUCUGUCUCUCCUCUAUCUAUCUAUCAUUCUCAGGUCUUUAUGCAAAAAGACUUUUUCCUCUGCUGUUUACUCAGUUGUUAAGGAGUGGGGUUGGUUUCAAUAGCAGCUGAAACUCAGCGCACUGUUGACCACACACUGUGACUUUCAUCUCUCUCUCCCUUUCACCCCAUCUGCUCUCUCCGUCCCUCACUCCUCUUUUUCCUCCCCCUUUCGGAGCACUUUAAGAACUUUUCAGACAGAAACUUUCUUCUUAAAUUUUGUGCCCUGGUCUGGCUGUUUUUUUCUCAGUCGUCUCUCUAUCUGCUCUCUUGACUGUCCAGGAAGGUGUGUGUUGUUUGCUUAAGUUAAGCUGUGCUAGGCACAUGUUCUCCGUUGUUAGGCACAAAAAAAAAAAAAAGUGCACAUGCCCGGCUACACACACCACUUACUCUUACACUUACACACUCUCAUCAUCUUGUGCUGACAUGACAUUAAUCACACCAGAACCCAAGCAGAUUUUCCUUCUGACAACAAUAUGAGGAAGUUUUUCAGACCCCAGUUUGAACAUUUCCUGACUUGUUUUUUUCUGAUUUCUGCAUCUCUAAGCAGAAAAACCCUAAAACCCACAAAACUACUCUUCCCAUCAGCCCCUCUCUCCUCCUGCUCAUCAGUCACAGGGUCAGGGUUUGUCGAUUUGUGCGGCAGCUGCUUUGGUGUGCAUUUAUCAGUGUUGCAAGAGGAACAACAUCAUAAAUUUACCAAUACUUCAGUGUAAAAGUUCAAUAGGCGGGGCGCAAGUUUGGCCUAGUGGUUAAGUCAUGCGCUUUGUGUACAGAAACUCGUCCUCAAGCAUGUGGCCCUGUUUUUCAUCCAGGUCUGGUCAAAGGUGUCACAAAAAUAUAUUUUAAAAAUAUUCUGUACCAAUAUUGAUUUUAGAUCAGUAGAAUUGUCUUUCAAUCACUCUUUUUUACUGUAGUCAGUAGCUGGUUGAUAAGUAGGGUAAUGCAUAAUGAAUGGGUAGUCAGGGUCUAGUCUGACCCUGUUAGGAUUCUAAUUUACAUAACUUUCUGUGUGUCAUGCAUUGUCCUUUACAUAGACAAUGUCAAGUGAGCAUGGGACUUCAUCAGGGCGAGCAUUUAUCGGUUUUAUUGUUUUUGCCCCCGUCUUCAGCUGUUCUCUUGGUUUUCUUCCUGUAAUCAAACAGAUGUCAAUUUUAACGUUCUUGUUUCUGCACUUUGAUGUAAUUACAGCGAGUCCCCCAAGGUCAGUGAUUAGGGAGCACCAAUUUAGUCGAGGAGCUGAAUUGGGUGCCCCAUUUAUAAAGGCUACAUGAUGCAUUUGAGUUACCUCGGAAGUCAGUUGGAAAAAAGCAAAAUUGGGGGCCUAAAACAAGAUGGCUACAUCUAUGAAAGUUAUUUAAGCGCUUGCCUUAUAUUUAAUACAAGGCAAGCGCUAAAAUAACUUUCUUGCAUGUAGCCAUCUUGUUUUCGCCUCCUAUUUUGUUUUGUUUUUUCAACUUGUUAACCAUAACAAUGGUGUGACGUCAUUUUUAGACUUCUGAGGUAACUCAGACGCAGCAACAGUCCUGAAAGCAGACAGCUCAGGUUUAGAUCCACUUCUUAUUCCCCUCUCUUUCCUCCUACUUCCCCCCUCUAUCCACCGUUCUACCUCUAAAUAGGGGUGAAAAAGCCCCCCCAAAUUAGCUGUGGUCUGUCAUUAAGAAAUAGUCAAUUGUUGCUAUGAAAUGGUACCAAGUAAUGACCAAUCAGAAUCAAGUACUAACACAGCCAUGUAAAGUUUUUAUUUUGUCUUGUCAUUCACAAAUCAGAGCCUGCAACUAUGAUGAUAAAGUGAACAGACUCAGCAGUAAAUCUAAAUACGUGUAUCUAAUAGUGCAUUUUUUGAAGUAUGUGAGUACAAUCAGGCUGCUAGUAUUUAUGUGUAAGCUAGUAGAUCUUCUCAGGAAAAGAACUUCCUGCUGACCUUCUUGAAGGAUCCACCCCUGGACACACACACACACACACACACACACACACACACACACACGCACACACACACACACACACAGGCACGCCGCACACACAUUAACUUCAAGUACCUGUUUUAGCUCCACCCUCCUCACCUCUCAUGCUUGCAGCCUGGGCUCAGUGUGUGCAUGUGUGUGCAGAAGGAGGCCGGCCUCUGUGCUCAGUGCCCUGCUGUACCUGUCUCUCAUGGAGGUGGAGUAACACUCCCAUAGCAGGCGGCCAAGCACUGGAGCGCUGUGAAGCAACAGGGGUAGCUAUCCUCCCAUCUGACCACUCUCUGCUUCUCCUUCCUCUUCUCCUCUUAACCAACAUCCCAUCUGCUCUGAAAUCCUGCUCAGGAUUUCUGCUUUGUCUCACUCUCACUUCCCUCUCUCUCUCCCUCUGUGUCUUUCAUUUCCAAUAACAAGAUUUUAUAACUUGUAACUAAAUUUUGUCAGUAUUUACAUCAAAGGACUUGCCUUACUUUUGAAUACCUUCUGCGUGACUCAGCUGAUGUAACUUUGUGUGUGUGAGAACAGCAGGAUUUGGCUGUUUGUAAGCACUGUUGUUUCAGUGAUCCUCUUCUGCUGCCUUGUGACCCUGUUGUUAGGGGCUGCUGUGUAAAAGCCGUGAGUCAAUCGCCUCCAUGUGUCCACGAUUGUGCGUGUGUGUGUGUGUGUGUAUACUGCUAAUAUGGCGGCGUCCUGAGGCCUGGAUCAGUGUCACUCAGGAUAGAACAGCAUACUAAGGGGUGCAUUGUUUCCUACACACUUUGGUUUACUUUGUUUUAUAAUCUGCACUAAAUAAGGAGCCGGAGAGAAGUCCGUCAGCUCCCAAACUUCUGAAUAAAACCCCUGAGAAGAACAAGUUAGCAGUGUGAAAGCAUUUAGUGUUCUUCCUCUUUCUUGCUGAGGAACUUUAAUACUUUCUAUUUGCUUUAAUAUGGAAUAUACUAGCCGUGCUUGAUUCGUGCUCAUGAUAUAAAGUGGAAGAGGCCGGAAAUAGUUUUUCUGUACGACCAUAAAGCAGUUCAGUCCCCGGUUACCUGCUGUUAAUGCUUGGAGAAUCAGGUGCUUCUAUCAAUCAUAAACACUAUGUAAUGGGUAAUCUUCUCAGCUAUAACUGGAACACUUUAACCUGACAUGUUGGCGCUGCUACCAAUAAAACCCUUACUUCCUUUGCAAUGGCCAGCCAGUUCUUUCCUCCUAAGUUCACAACCUUUGACCAGGUGAACUCUGAGUCUGAGCUCGACCAGUCUUGUCUAGAUUAUGUUUUACCUAAUAGAUGUUCGCUGUUCCUCUUUCCCUGCUAGAAAGAGGUGAAACCAGGAUAGAAGAAUCAUGCAUGAGCUGUCACAAUUUUGAUUUAGUCUCGCUGUAUCUGUAAAUCUUUGCCCUCUGUGAGUAGAGGCUGUGAUUUGUGUUCAUCCUGGUUAAUCAUCAACGUGUUACUGCCUUAGUUUUACUGCUCUCUCACAUACACACACACACACAUACACAAUGCACACAAUUGCAUACCCUUAUGUAUGGGGUCAGAGCUUUAAAAGGUGCCAUUUUUCUCUCAAUACAUUAUAUUCUAUUAUCAUCUAACAGUGCAUCAUUCCCACAUGCACACACUACUUAUUCUUAUGUUCGUGUUUUUGCAAAGAGUAUAAUCGGAGUUUCACUUCUAACACACAAAGUGCUGUGAUUUCCUGGCUUCCCCCCUCAAAAGCAGAGAGACCUCAGCACAACCGUGAUCCGCAUUGAGGAAGUUUGGAGUUUCUCCAAGUAGUCUAAAGCAGGAAAUAAGUUACCCCACACUGAGAAGGAAGGAUGAAUUUUUAUAUUUCAACCCAAACAUGCAGAGAAAAUAUUCCGUCUUACACUGACUGCAGAAGUGCCAGCCUCCCAGUGUCACAUAGCUUCUUUUUUUAUCACCAAGCAGAACUCCCAAAGUGAAUAUUGUCCUCCCUUUGUCAUCAGCCUGGCCAGAUAAGGCUGAUAAGGGAUGGAGUCAUGUUAGCACUUCACACAAUAGAAGGAACAGAGGGAGGGAUUUCCAAGCUGUGAGGACAGAGGUGCGGGACAUAGUCACUAAAGGUUUUUUUUUAAUUUAGCAGGCCAUUCAGAAAACCUUGAGUGGUGUUUAUUUUCAUGCAGUAGCGCAACCUAUAAUAGAGUGUCCCAAAAUGUGAUUUUUUUUAUUUAACCUUAUGUCAUGUUGACCUGGGUCAGCAAGCAGCCGCCCAUUACUAAAGAUAAAAGGAGGAAACAAGAUCCUAUCUUUGGAAACUCUUAGUUUUGUAUGUUUCUGUUUACCAAAUGUCCUCAUUUCAACCUUGAUGCUUCUUGUACAAAUUCAUAAAUAAGUGGAUUAGCAUUGGGAAUAUAACAGUUUACAUUGCAUUUCAGCUGACUUGUUCUGACAGUAUCUCUAAAUUAUGUGUUUGGCGUUUGUGUCAUUAUCAUUUGCAUGUGACAAAGGCGGGAGGUAGAUUCAAGGUAAUUCUAACCUGUCUGCAAGCAAACAGGUGUGAGUGUGUGAGUGGGGUCAAAUCAAAUAAGUUGCCGUUUCCAUGGUUGCUCGGCUUAGUAUUGUUCUAUCUUUGUUGACUGCUUCAUCCAUCCACAUCAUAGCGCAGACAGUCUUGGCUCUCAAAUACACACAUUGCAUACCUGGCUAACUGUUAGGCUUACAGGUGUUUUUUUUUUACCCGACCUAUUUGCUUACAGGAUGUUGAGUUCGCUAAGUGUUUUACUUUGGUCUGCUUUGAUUGGUUGCUGCAGUGUUGUACGCUGUGUGGAGAUUUGGGGAUUUAAAUUGCUGUGGGUUUUUUCACCCUGAAUGUAGGCAGUGUUGGAAAAUAACAGAGUAAGAGGUUUACGCUCGGGAAGCCGAUUUUUGAUUGUUCUCUGUUCCUUUUAUAGAGCUGUAGCUCUUAAUGAAGUGGCUCACACAAACACACAUACAAACAAGAAGCUUAAUGCACACACUGUUAAAGUCCAACACCCUCUUGUGGCGAGCGAGUGUGCGCAACAGGUUCAUGCCUGUGAUAGAUUAUAGAUUAUUGAACAGUAUUUUUUGUAGGAGAACGGAGUCAUUGAGGUCAUUUUUUUUAACUCCAAAUUCCUCCUAUAGCUUAACUCCGACUUCCUUCUCGCACUCACAAACACCCAAACACACACACAUAUUAUGAGCAUGUGAUCCAGUCAUACCCAGUGAACCUUGAGCUGGAGGUUUCAGGGUUUACAGCCCUUAAUUUUCUCUUAUAGGGGUCAGAGGUCAGCUCAGGAUCUGAAGGACUCAACAAAACAAGGUUGUAAAAGCACUGAUAGGGACUGGAGCCGUGUGGAUUUAUAGAUGCUGUAUUUCUAUCACACAGUGUGCCUCGGUUGGUUUGUUAGGCGGUUAAUCUGGCAUAUGAUUGUGCCAGCAAAAUGAUGAUCAUUUCUGUGUCAACAAGUGAACAACAAUUCUUUGUUAUUUUUAAUGUUGCACUGCUUAGAUUUUUCCCUUGUUGAGUUUUCUAAUCUGUGUUAAAAAGUAUUUAUUAUUAAUUUAAUAUUACAUAGAUUAAUAUAUUUUUUUUUGUCCUCUUCAGGCCCAGAUCUGAUUGGAUGGUUUUGUCAGAAUGACAGCCGAAGAUCCUGCUUCUUCCUCAACCAUGAGCAAUAACAUUGCCUCCUCCAAACCCUCCAAACCCUCUGGUUCUUCCCACCACUCAACUCACGGACAGAUAUCCGUCCCUGAGGGGGUUGCAGGCGCUCAUAAUGAGGCUGCACUCGUGGCUCUCAUGGAGCGCACCGGUUACGGUAUGGUGCAGGAAAAUGGCCAGCGUAAAUACGGCCCUCCUCCUGGUUGGAGCAGUCCAUCCCCACCACGGGGGUGUGAGAUCUUUGUGGGCAAGAUCCCACGGGACGUUUAUGAGGAUGAGCUGGUCCCAGUGUUUGAGUCUGUUGGACGCAUCUAUGAGAUGCGACUUAUGAUGGACUUUGAUGGGAAGAAUCGAGGGUAUGCAUUUGUUAUGUACACAGAAAAACACGAGGCCAAGCGGGCCGUCAGGGAGCUCAACAACUAUGAAGUGCGGCCUGGACGGCUUCUGGGGGUCUGCUCCUCUGUAGACAACUGUCGUCUUUUCAUCGGUGGCAUUCCCAAGACCAAAAAACGUGAGGAGAUCCUUGAGGAAGUCUCCAAGGUGACAGAAGGGGUACUGGAUGUCAUAGUUUAUGCCAGCGCAGCAGACAAGAUGAAAAACCGAGGCUUCGCCUUUGUAGAGUACGAGUCACACCGUGCUGCAGCUAUGGCUCGCAGGAAGUUGAUGCCUGGACGCAUUCAGCUAUGGGGCCACCAGAUAGCAGUAGACUGGGCUGAACCAGAGAUCGAUGUGGACGAAGAUGUUAUGGAGACAGUGAAGAUCCUCUACGUGAGAAAUCUAAUGAUGGAGACCAGCGAGGAGACAAUCAGACAGGUAGGAAUGAGUCUUCAUUUUACAGGUUUUAUUAUGAAUAUUGUCACUGGACUAGAAGAGAUGGUACUGCCAUACAACAACUCUUGACUCAACACUGCCAUUGUCAACCAGGUGUUCAGCCAGUGGAACCCUGGAUGUGUCGAACGUGUCAAGAAAAUCCGUGACUACGCCUUCGUCCACUUUACCUCCCGGGAUGAUGCUGUCCUGGCCAUGGACCACCUCAACGGGACAGAGGUGGAAGGGUCCUGCAUCGAGGUGACGCUCGCCAAGCCCGUUGAUAAAGAGCAAUACUCACGUCAGAAGGCUUCCAAGGGGGCUUCGGCCACUCCAGAGGCUACUCAGCAGAACUACGUCUACCAAUGUGACCCCUACACAUUGGCCUACUAUGGUUAUCCUUACAACACCCUCAUUGGACCCAACAGGGAUUACUUCGUCAAAGGUAAGAACUCAUUUUGUCUUUUUUGUUUCAGACAUUGGUUUCAGUAGCCAAAGUGUUUCACUGAGAGCCAGCUAUUUUUGUAAAUGUUGGCUGCAGUUUGAACUCUUUGGCCAAUGCACUGCUAAAGAUCUCAUUCGUAUAUCUUAACAAUGACAUUAAUGGAAUAACAUGAAUUUCACAUUAACAGGGAUCUGUGAUUUUUGUAAAUGUUCGUUAUAAUGAUAAAAUCUUUGAUGACUGCAAUUUCAUUUAAAAUAAAGUUUAAAAUUAUUUAACUGAUGGUUUUUGGAUGGAAUCAGUUAGUUGUUAAAAACCAAAGACAAAACAAGGUGAUGGACCAAUGAAUGCUAAUCCUGUUACCUUCGAUGAUUGAUUACAUUAUGUCUCUGGGUGGUAGCAGGACAAUCUAUUUGACUUUCAACAAUCAUUGUGUUUUGGUUUUCUCUCCAAAGGAUCCCCAAUGAUACAGAACAAUGGUAAUCUCUCACAUCCUUAUUCCUACUUAUUCCUUCAAUGAACAAUGAGCUUCCUUGCCAUGUGACAAACUGUUUUCUAACACCACCCUUUUCCUUCUGUGCUGUCAACUCCAAUUUCUUGCUGGGUUAUUUCAGAGAUAAAAAAAAAACAAAGCCCAGAAACCGUAGGAACACAAUAUAACAGUGCCUGGAUCUCCAAAGUCUAGAAGUGUGUAGAGAAAAGGCCCAAAAAGCUUAAAACUCCCAAACUUGAUGAGAUAUUGCCAAAAAAUGACCCAAUAAAGACCAUUUUGCCUCGAUGAAAGGCUGGAGAAUAAUGUCAGCGUUCCUGGUCCCGAUAUCUUAUUAGGAACUAUCAAGAAGUUUGAAACCAUCACGAAAUCUCGCCUUGGAUGUUAAGCUACUCAACUUUCAGUAAAAGUCUCCCUGGAUCGGCCCAAUCACCAGUCAUCACAUGACUCCAAUUGUAUUUUAAGCAGGUACUGUGCGUGGCCGUGGUCGUGCUGCUGCAGGUAACCGCACCCCUGGACCAAGGGGGUCAUACCUGGGGGGUUAUUCUGCCGGUCGUGGCAUCUACAGCCGUUACCAUGAGGGCAAGUCCAAGCAGCCUGAAAAGCCCUAUGAGCUGAUGCCCAGUCUGGAGCUUGCUGCCUCCGUCAACCCCGUUGGCAUCAAACCUGGCACAAGUCAGUGAGAUAGAUUUAUCCAACCAUGUCCUUGCCCAUCUUCAAAGCCUUUACUAAAACCUCUUGCUCGAAAUUUCUUCUUUUUUUUCUGUCUGGUUUGAAGAACGUCGUACAAAUCAAGAUGAUGGCUGUAGCUGGAUGGUCAUGUGCAAAAGGAUUUCCUCUGACACGACAUAUCCGUCCUUUCUAACAUGACCGAAAAGGAACAGCCAUUUUUCUUCCUCCUUCUCUUCUUCUCUCCCAAAUUACUAAUUUUACGUGGUGUUCAGACCCAACAGCGCAACAAUACAUAAAAACUAUUAGAUUUGCCACCCUAGUGUUUUGCUGGACAGACAAAUUCGCUUUUUUGCAAGAACAAACUACAUUUUAUGGAGGCUAUUUUUCUGCAUUGCUAAUUGAAAUUACUAACUCUAUGAUGAUUUUUUUUCUCUCAGAUCUGUUGCUCGUCUGAACAUUACAAAAUAUGUCUUUUUUUACUGCUCCCAUCACCAAAUCUUUUCUGAUAAAAUCUGAUUAUGUCUCGUCAUUCCGCUUUUGGUUGGUGCUGUGAAGAAACCAGUCAUAUGAUUUUUUUUCCAUUUUUAAGAAUUGAAACUACUGGCUAAGUCAUUGAUUUUUUUUUUCUUUUUUGUUGAUGUUGUUUUUUUGUCCAAACACUUUAUUGGUGUGAUGAUAGUUUUGGUCAAAAAAAGAGCUGAAAUGCAAAAUUAAAUGCUGAGCGAUGGAUUUUUUUUUCAUCAUCAAUUCUGAUCACAAGUUUAAUACCAGUGUAAGGUAGGUCAGUGUCCUGUCUGUCUAUCUAUGCAAACACCUGUCAUUUUACACUGCAUGUACAACAGACUGAGACCCUGCUACUGUUGCCUCAAAAACAUUGUGAAAGCAAGACGUUAGGAUGAUGGUUUUUUCUAAAAAAUAAUUAAUCUCUGAUCUCAAAUUUGAUUUCUUCUUUCUUUCUUCUUUAUUGACAAUGUGCAGAAGACAAUGGUGUUCUUAGAAACUUAAACACAAACCACUGAAGGGAAAAAAAUACCGAAGUUCUCCUUUUAAGACAUAACAAAACAGAAACUAUUAAACUUAUAGCUUAUGUGAAUGCAACCCUGAAAUUCGAAGCUUCAUGUAUGACUUUAGAGGAACCUUUAGAAAAAGAAAUUCAACAAGUAGAUAAAUACACUGGUAUUAUUCUUGAAUCUUCACUUAAUUGUAAAACACUAGUCUACAAAACGUUUCAGACCACGUUUUUAUUUCAUCUUUUAGUAAACUACACUCUUUUAUUAUGAGACAAACAUGUUUGGCAAUCAGAUGUCUGCAUUGUCUCGUUUCUGGACAAGUGACCCUAAUCUGGACCUCAGUCUUAGUCCCACUCAGGGUGGAAUCACAGGGUCACCACCAGAUUGAAAAGACUUUUGUCCAUCUGAAACAAUGACUGACGUUGUGUUCACUCUCUCUGUGCGUGUGUGUGUGUGUGUAUGUGUCAGAGCAUUGAGGUUAAUCCACUUUUAGCACCAUCAUAAUCCAAAUCACACCCAAAUGCCAACUUUUGUCAUUAAUUUAUUUUCUUCUUUCCUCACUUGUUUCUUUUAACCUUUUCUGCCCUGUUUAUCUCUCACUGCAAUAACAUUCAUCACUCUUUUCAUUGAUCACCUCUGGAUUAAUAAUUCUGUUUCUAUCCGUGCAUGGGUUCAUGUAUGUAUCUGUCUCCUGCACUUAUUUCCGAUUCUGUGAAAACAGACAUAUUAACCGUCUCUUAACAAACUGUUGCCUUUUAUGUUAUCUGAGAUCUCAUUCUUGUGUUCUUGUUGCGUGCAGUGGGGUUGCCGACUCUGGCUGGGCAGUACCCAGUGUUCAGUGCAGCUCCUGCUGCCAAGUUGAUGGAGGAGGGGAAGGUGCACACAGUGGAGCACCUCAUCAACCCACUGGCCAUGCAACAUCCUGAACACACCACCGCUUCUGCUGCUGCUGCCACCGUGCUUCCUGCGGUCUCCACCCCUCCACCAUUCCAGGUGGGUGUAAUGAUACUUGGAUAUUAAAUGUGAUCCGUGCUGUUUGAGAUGUAAAGAACCUGAUCUUUCUUGUGACAAGUGUUUUGAUGGUAACCACAUCAUACAAUCUGUCUAGUGACUUGCUUAGUUUCAUAUAGCCUAAUAAUCUUGUAUCUUGAAUUUAUCAUGACUUGCAGUUUUCAAAGUAUAUGAAACAUUAAAGGGAUAUUCCGGUGUAAAAUAAAGUUAGGGUCAAACACACUGAGUUAGACACCUCAUUGAGAGAUGAAUGUUGCUGACCUCUUGCUUCUCUAGUUACACCAACUUUAGUAACAACCGCACAACAGCAAUACAGAGAUCCACGUCCUCAACCAAAGCCACUCUAUAGCCACAAAUAAUGCUCAGAACAGCACCUAACUUCAUCAACAGUACAUAUAGAGUCCCAGCCAUAGCACUAGCCAACAAACAUCUUAUAGCUUUGCCUGGUUUCUUUAGAUAAGAGACGAGACACUACUCACCCACUCUCUUCCAGCAGCCACUUGUUUGUAGCGAGACCUUGGGCGAGUCCAUCGACUGCAGUGGGGUGACGCAGCUCAAGGAAGAACAUUUCUGAUCAUUUCCUCACAGAAAUGCAUCAGACUGAGACGCUAUGGCAGGAAAUGAUAAAGAAAUGAUCAUAAAUGUUCUUUCUUGAGCUGCGUCACCCCACUGCAGUCGAUGGACUCGCCCGAGGUCUCGCUACAAACAAACAGUUGGUGGAAGAGAGUAGGUGACUUGUGUCUAGUCUCUUUGCUAAAGAAAUCAGGCAAAGUUAAUAAGAUGUUUGGUGGCUAGUGCUAUGGCUGGGACCCUGUAUGUACUGUUGAUGAAGUUAGGUGCUGUUCUGAGCAUUAUUUGUGGCUCUAGAGUGGCUUCUAGGUUGAGUGUGUGGCUCUCUGUAUUGCUAUCUGUGGUUGUUACUUAAGUUGGUAUAACUAGAGAUGAAAGCGGUCAUCAACAUUCAUCUCUCAACAGGGUGUCUAUAACUCGGUGUUACGGUGUGUUUGACCCUAACUUAAUUUUACUCCGAAAUAUCCCUUUCAGUAGUUUUAAACUGGGCACUAUGAGGAACCUGUAAUUAAAAACAUGUAUUGAAUAAAUGUACAAUGAAUGUACUGAAUGUUCUCUGAGCUGGUCGUUGAGGACAAGCUUUGGAAAUAAUCUUAUUCACUGUAAUCCUUCUUCUCUGCAUUUCCACAGGGCCGUCCAAUCACCCCCGUCUAUGCCAUGGCCCACAAUGUGCAGCGUAUCCCUGCACCCGGCAGCCUUUACGGAGCCGGAUACGUCCCCAUCGCAAACUACGCAGCCAACACAGCAGCUUUGGCGGCUCUGCAGAAAAACGCAGCAGUUGCGGCUGCAGCGUAUGGAGGAUACACAGGCUACGCAGUGCCACAAGCCUUCCCCGCCACAGCCUUCCAGCUGCCCAUUCACGAUGUCUACCAGACAUAUUGACAGUCAGACUACGUGAAACGACAAAACACCCCUGCAUGUGACUGAACCACCACAGCAACAUAUGUUUGUGCCAUCAGGCGGAAACAUCACUUGAACGAUGAACAUCCAAAAGCUCCAAAGGACUAAAGGAACGUCAUUUGAAUCCAGUAUCUGUCCUUCUUUGUGGCUUCACAGUUUGAUAGACCUGAAGUGACCAAGUGACAGUCUUUAACAUGCAGCAGCACUGUGUGUUUACUCAAAACAGUGAUGCUGCACACAGAGGACAGUCCAUUAACAAGCAUAUCUCACUGUAACGGCAGUCAUGACUCCAAUCUUUAUCUUUUUUCUUUCAAUGUGUCUCUGACCCCUGUCACCAUGUUGCUGUGGCAACAGAAACACUGAAGGUACUCUUUAGUAUUUAUGAAGAGAAGAUAGAUAUUUAAGGCUGCAUUCUCUUAAGUUUUUUUCUCUCACUGGGGUUGUUUUGUUCCUCUCAUGCAGGAAGAAUAGACAUUUACACAAGUGUAAAAACACAGACGUGAAAAAGAAAGAGAAUUCUAAUUGAAAGAAAGAAAAUGUACAACUUGAACUAACGACAAGAGAAGACACCACUGAAGAAAAACUGCUCUUAGAUGUAUUAAUGUUUGUUUUUUUGGUUAUGAAUAUGUAGUAUUUCAGCCAACUCUGUGUGCUGUAGGUGAUGCUUUCCGUCCAUGCUGGUUAAAUGUUUAUGCUUCAAACACAUCUGUUUGGUACUUUUUGGUUCAUUUAGUUUUAUUUGUGUUUUGGUUGUUUUAAAUGAAGGUUUUCGAUGCUUUUACAUUGGCCUGUAACUAGUUUGCAUUUUCAAUGUCUCUUUAUAAAACUUUGUGAGACAUUUUAUCUUGGAGGAAAAAAAAAAAACUUUCCAGCUAACUUAUAUUAUUGUGACAGAAUCCUUGGGGAACAAAAUCAAGAAAGAGUAAACUGGAAAGCUUUUGAAGUGAUGAUAGACAGCAACAUCAUGAACUCUGAGAUGUUUCCCAUCCUGAGAAACUGCACCAACAGGGGAUUAAGACUGAACAGUUAUAGUUGUUUUUUCUCUUUUAUGUAUUUCUUUGUUUUUUAUUGUGAAGGUGAACAAAUAUGGACAGAAAUGAGAGACAUUUUAAAUGGACUGGAGCUCUCUGUCACUCAUCCAAGUGCUCCUUAUUCUGCCAAAAAGACCGAAGACAACAAAUAACAUUUUCUAUACCUGAAUACAGUGCCUUACAUCUGCAAACAGCAUGUGCUAAACUUUGUUCUACACUGUGCCUUUUCUUUAAAAGAGAGGCCCUAAAAUGUUUGGCACAUCAGAGAUUGCUCCGUUUAUAUUUCUGAUGAGGAUUUGUGGUAUUACUGUAUUGAGACAAGCAGGUUUCAGUCUUGAGGCUACCUCUCUCUUGUAGUCACUCCUCUAAAUGCUCCUGCAGUAAAACACUCCGUAUGUUCAUCUCUUCUUUAUUUCUCGUCCUUCAAACUGUGCUUGACCGAGGUGCACUUAAAUGUAUUUAUAAAAGGCGAGAGAUUGUGACGUUCAGAUGAAGCGAUAUGAAAUACUGAGAAUUAAUUCAUGUGUGAACUUUCAUUUGUCAGUAUCUGUGCAGUUUUUUCUUUUGGAUAAGGCAGAAAAGAUUUGAAAAAAAUAAAAUCCCUGAUGAAUGUUUAGAAGGCACUUUUGAAACUCUGUAGUAUGUAUUGUUGGACUGGAAUUAAUCAGAGCAAUACCUCAAGCUGGAAUGUACAAGUAGCCAUGUAUGUUUGUACCACCACACGCAAACACAACAGCCAUCUUUACAUGAGACCAUGCGAAACAUUAACAGUGCUGGCUUGUAGUCUUCAACUUUUCAGCCAUUUCUUUGUGUUCAAAGGGGAUUUUCUUUGCUUCAUUUCCAGCACUCUCUUACAUAGUUGACUACAUUUUGCCCAUGAAACAACUCAGUGAGUUUGACUGUGAAGCUAGAUCUCAAGAUUGACAAUGAGGUCAUGACGUAGUUGCGGCCUGAAAUAUUAAACAAGAAGAUCCACUUUUCCCUAAAAGAGAUAUAUUUGCUUAAUUCUCAUCUCACUCUGUUUUCUACAUUCAGCUGCUCCUUGACUCUCUGAAACUGGAUUUGAGUUAGAAAACAAACUGCUGAUCACUGCUUUUAUAUUGUAUGAUGACAAUAAGGAUAUAUUUAAUAUAUGCAUUACAUGUGUUGUCUAUGAAGUGAGAAGAAAAGGUAUAAUAUAUUCUUAAACAUAUGUCUUCUGUAUUUACACCUUGUUUAGGGAUAAAAGUCAGAGUAACAAAAGUAGAGAAAAUGUUUCUGGCGCCAAAGUGUCCAAUAGUUUUUAAAACUUAAAGGUUAUUGUGUUUUUUUGUUUUGUGUAAUAUUUUGUUUGCUAUUUUUGAACAAGAUUUGGUGUUAUGAGUGGGUAAUAAAAUGGCUUUUUUUUUUCUAUCAGUUUGAACAGCAAAACCUGAAACUGGCCCUUUGUUACAGCUUUUUAUGACACUGUGAGCUGUUAGGGAUGCAUCAUUGCCUGUCAGUUUAGGUGAAACUGUCACUACACCAAUUAACCAGCCAUCUCAUCUUUGUGGCAUAUAACUGUUUGGCUCUGCCUCCCACUCAGAACACCUGCUUUUCUUUCUUUUGCUUGCAUUUCACCCACUCUACAGCCAUUGGUGUCAGUAGUUUGGCGCUUUAUGCCUUGUUUAACAUAGGUGUUACCAUUUGAAACUCUUUCUAGUGUGUGCCUUAUUGCCAAGAUGUGGCCUUUGCUAUGCCUUUGCAGACUGAUGCAGACUGUUUUCUAUCUGAUGGUUUAUUUGGAAAAAAAAAAAAAAAAAAGCUUGUUCGUUAUUAUUAUAUUUAUAGUGAUAAAGUAGAUAAAUAAAGCAUUCUGAAAAGGA